AAUCCGACCAGAGAGUUCUGUACCCUCCUCAUCGACCAAAUACAGAACUUCUUUAUAUCUGAAGGUCCUGAGGGCAACAAAACCCUGGCCCUGAACAGUGUUGCAUUGCAGAAAGGACAGUACAGGCUGGUGGGGAAGAUGAUUGCCCUCUGCCUGGUGCAGGGGCAGGUCUCUCCGAGAUUCCUAUCACAGCGCCUCUACAGACAGGUUUGUAAGCUGUCCCCUCUUCCUGCCACUUUGGAAGAGGUGACAGAUUACAAUUUGAGGACCAAGCUCCAAAAGAUUGCAGAUGCCACACAUGUGGAAGGUGCCAGGGAGGCUAUGGAGGAGGCCACAGACGAGCUCUCCCUCAUGGGCUCCUUCUCCUUUGUGCGGAGCCUCCCGCAUAGGGAUGAGCUGCUGGGGGCAGCCCUCAACUUCCUCACAGAGGGCCGUAUUUUGACUGCUCUCAAUCAAUUCAAAGAAGGGUUGGAGACCUUCGGGAUUCUAGCUCUUUUGAGGAUCCACCAUGAGGAGCUCAAGGGGGUCUUCAUGGACACACCUGAGCCGCUGCUGGCCUCCCGGUUGGAGUCCACAUUCAUGACGUCCUACCUGUCUGAGCCGGGCUCCAAUCGGAGGAGGAAGGAGGCCAGGACCCUUAUAUAUUGGAGGGACUGGCUGAUCGAGGUGGAGGAUGGAGAUACGAGUCUCACCCUGGGGGCGGUUCUGGCGUUUGCCACGGGCCUCAAAAGGAUUCCUGCUGUGGGUUUUCCCAUCGGACCCCGGCUUGAAUUCCUCCAUGAGGAAGAUGGACCGGCCCUUUUCCCCACGGCCAAUACCUGUUCCCUGGUCCUCAGGCUACCGGUGUAUCCGGAGUACAAUCGAUUUAAGGAGGCCAUGGAGGAAGGAAUAACCUCCUGUGGGAGUACCUUUGGCGUGGCCUAA